AUGAAAAAGCGACGUAACAAAUCCCCUUGGGGGCCCCCACGCCCCUUCUGCCUUCAGCGCUGUCUGUGUCAAUCAGUGCGAACCGCAAGGUUUGUUUGUUUGUUUAGCGGCCACCGAGCGCCGCACUUGCGAAAAGAUGAAGAGGAGUUAUUCCAGCGGGGCAGACAAGAAAAAACAGAGGAAGGAAAGGGAGGAAAAAAGAAAGAAAGACAGUGGUAAGUGCAUUGUUGUGUUUUUCUGACUAACUGUGUUGUGUUGUCACGGACUCCAUAGCGGCUAAUAAGCUAUAAACUAAGCUAUGACGAAUGCGUAACAGGACACAGCUACAUGAAGCUAGCCAGCAGGAGGAGAUGUGCGUCACUCUCCAGUCUCAACCAGCAGAAAACAACAGAAAGUUUAGUGAGGCAGACAGUCUAACUACAACAACAACAACAGCCUAAUAGUAUUUAAUACUAAAGUACACCUUCUAUAAUAAGCUUUGCAUAAUGAUGAAAUGAACUUAAUAGUGCCAGAAAGGGAGAAAUAUGUGUUGGGCAGUACAUAUGAUAUGUGCACCCACCACAAGAGUACAUCAAGUGCAUAAUACAUGUUGAACUUAACAAUAUGUUUCCCUCUCAUCUCUCCUCAGGAUCAUUCUUUUUUAAAACCAACACAUCCAGGGAAGGAUGAUGUUCCCCCUCCCAUCCCCGAUGAUGACAACUGUAAGUUCAUUAUUCCACAUUAAUUGAUAAUGUUAUGCCCUAAUAUUCUUCAUGGCCGUAGUAUUAAGUUGUAGUAGUAGAAAAUGCUGUGCACAUACAUAAUCAUAUGCCUGCCCUUAGAGAUUCUCAUAUGCCCUGUUGUUGUUUUUUGAGUUUAGUUUCAUCAACAUCCACCUCCAGCAGCACAGCGGUUUCCCAACCUCCUGCGCAGGAACAUCCAACCGAUGAUCAAAUAUAAAUUCCAACCGCAGAUACAGAUGACUGUGAGUUCAAUAGUUUUUACUUCUGUAGAGAACAUAUAACAAUGACAAUAAUGUUAUGCCCUAAUAUUCUUUACGGUAGUAGUAUUAAGUUGUAGUAGUAGAAAAUGCUGUGCACAUACAUAAUCAUAUGCCUGUCCUCAUAGAUUUUCAUAUGCCCUGUUGUUAUUUUUUGAGUUCAGUUCCAUCAACAUCCACCUCCCGCAGCACAGUGGUUUCCCAACCUCCUGCUCAGGAAGAUCCAACCGAUGAUCAGAGGUCAAGUCCAACUGCGGACACAGAUGACAGUGAGUUCAAUAGUUUUUUUUUUACUUCCAUAGAGAACAUAUAACAAUGACAAUAAUAAUAACUGCAACAAGAAUUGCUGUAAUUAGCCCAUGCUAGUUAAGAUUAUUUAUAACAAAUAUGCCUUGUUGUUUUUUUUCUUUUUUUGUCAUCAGCUCCAUCAAGACCCAAAUGUGAACAGUUGAUCUCAGAGGACCCUGCACAAUGGCCAACCAUCCUCAACCAUACCCAAGUGUGCCAACUGGUAACAUGAGGACCCAAACAGGUGAAAGAUAUGGUUUUCCCCCAGAACACGGACAAAAUUCCACGGAGAUUCAAAAGGGAAUAUUAUGAAAUGACCAUGAAAAACGGCAACAAAAUACAGCAAAGAUGGCUCAUGUAUUCAGUCAGUACAGAGUCCACCUUCUGCUUUGCUUGCAAAAUUUUUGGAAAAUUGGACAAUUCACUUACCAAAGGGGGAUUUAGGUAUCGGAAAAACAUAGCUAGUCAUUUAAAGGAACAUGAGCAUUCAAAGGCACAUCAUACCAAUAUGAUGAGUUGGCAGGAACUCAACACAAGGCUCAAAACUAAAACAGCCAUUGAUCAGAUAAACCAGAAUUUGAUGCAUCUUGAGGUAGAGCACUGGAGAGGUGUAAUACACAGAGUUAUUGCCAUCAUAUGCUAUUUAGCUGAAAGAAAUCAAGCUUUGAGGGGGCAUACAGAGGCUCUAUAUGAUCCACAUAAUGGCAAUUUCCUAGCCCAGAUGGAAUUGAUGGCCCAGUUUGAUCCCAUCAUGAAUGAACACAUAAGAAAGUUUCAAACCAAACAAACAAAAGUGCACUACCUCAGUAAUGACAUUUAAAAUGAAAUCAUUUCAUUGGUGGGAGGCAAAAUCAGUGAGGAGAUAGCCAGACAGGUGAAAGCAGCAAAGUACUUCUCUGUCAUAAUGGAUUGUACUCCUGACACAAGCCACACCGAACAACUGUCUAUCGUCUUGAGAGUGGUGAAACGUGAGCCAUCAGUUGGUGCAUCGAUCUCUGAACAUUUCAUUGGAUUUGUUGAUGUUCAAGACACAACUGGAAGAGGUCUGUCCGAGACACUUUUGGAAAAGUUGGAUGAGCUCAACUUGAACAUCAGAGACUGCCGUGGACAAUCUUAUGACAAUGGGAGCAACAUGAUGGGACAUAAACAAGGGGUUCAAGCAAGACUGCUGCAACUGAAUGAGAAGGCAUUGUGUGUCCCAUGCAGCAGCCACACUCUUAAUCUGGUUGUAGCAGAUGCUGCCAAAUCUUCUGUAGGCUCCAUCUCCUUCUUCGGUGUUCUUCCGAGAUUGUACAAUCUUUUCAGCUCCUCUGUGCAACGCUGGGCAGUUCUGCAGGAACAUGUCAAGCACGCAACAGUAAAAUCCUUGUCAGUGACCAGAUGGGAAGCCAGGAUUGACAGCGUGAAAGUUGUCCGUUACCACCUUCCAGAACUCAUACAAGCACUGUCUGGCCUCCAAACCCUCUCAGUUCAGAAGAAGGACUCUGAGACAUUGUCCACAGCAACGAGCAUAAAGGCCGAACUCAUGACAUGGAGAUUUGUACUGUGCACUGUUAUCUGGUAUAAUAUUUUGUACCAGAUCAACCGGGUAAGCAAGAUUCUACAGAGCCCCAGUGUUUCUCUUGAAACACUUAAAGCAGAAACAAGCGCAGUGAGAACCUAUCUGGAGAAUGCAAGGGAAAGUGGACUUGCUGCUGCUCAAAGUGAUGCUACAAAGAUAGCAGAGAGCCUUGAAAUUGACAGGACAUUUCCGGCAAAAAGACAGCGAAAAACUACCAAGCAGUUUCUGUAUGAGGGCAGAGAAGAAAGCCAGUCCACCCCAGAUGAGCAGUUUAAGAGGGAGUUUUUCCUCCCCUUAGUGGACACAGCCCUCACUAGUUUGACUGACCGAUUUUCAAAAAUGGAAGAUGUUUUUGGCCUUUAUGGUUUCCUGUUCUCAAAAGAAACAUGA